CAGUGCAGUGCGCCUUUAAGCAGCAGCGCUUCUCUGAUUGGUUGUAUUCGGUCACAUGAGUACUUCCUCCUCCGAAGGGGUAGUGCAGAGUACAGUGGUCUCGAGGUUACGGGAUAAGGUUUGAAAGUGCCUUUGUAUCAGAACAUGAGUGCGCCAGCCAUCACAGACGCUAAAUACGUUUUGGGAGAGAAAAUGGAUGAGGGCAUCCCAGACAUUCCCAGUGGUCCACUAGAUAUCUACAGGAAGAAAGCAUCCUUCAGCUGGAAGCAAAUGUUGCAGUUUCUGGAGGGCGAUGAAAUCAUUGCAUUCAAGCAGCACGUGUUCAGAACACUGGAGAGUGACCCGCUCUUCGCACGGCAGCCUGGUGAGGACAUCCCAGUGGAGCAGAAGCGAGAGCUCGCCUUCCGCCGCUGUAAACAGUUAUUUAAGUAUGACUUUGUAACACGUGAUGACGUCAUGCAGAACCCCUGGAAGAUGACAAUUCUCAACGACUGCCUGGGAAUGUACGACUGGUCUUUGGGAGCCAAAUACUUCCUUAACAAAGGGAUGUUUGGAGCCACAGUGGCAAACACAGGAUCUCAGAGACACUUGACGUUUGUGCAGGACGUUGAGCAAAUGAUGACAUUUGGAUGCUUUGCACUGACAGAACUGAGCCAUGGCAGCAACACCAGAGCUAUGAGGACAACAGCCAGAUAUGACCCCAGCACUCAGGAGUUUGUGAUAAGCUCUCCAGACUUUGAAGCAGCCAAGUUCUGGGUGGGGAACUUGGGAAAGACGGCCACUCAUUCAGUGGUAUUUGCACAGCUCUACACCCCUGAUGGGCAAUGCCACGGCCUUCACUCUUUUAUAGUCCAAGUCAGAGAUCCAAAGACCUUGCUGGCAAUGCCAGGAGUGAUGGUCGGGGAUAUGGGAAAGAAACUGGGUCAGAACGGACUGGAUAACGGUUUUGCCAUAUUCCACAAUGUGAGGAUACCUCGGGAAAACUUGCUAAACAAAACAGGAGAUGUUACGCCUGACGGACGCUACGUUUCGCCUUUUAAAGACCCCAAUAAGAGGUUUGGGGCAUCUUUAGGGGCUCUGUCAGGAGGCAGGGUGGGCAUUACAAGGAUGGCUCUGGUCAAUCUGAAGCUUGCGGUGACUGUGGCUGUGCGAUUCUCCGCCACACGCAGACAGUUCGGGCCCAAAGAGGACGAGGAGAUUCCAGUGCUGGAGUAUCAGCUACAGCAAUGGCGUCUUCUUCCGUUCCUGGCAGCGGUGUACGCACUGGAACACUUCACCAGAUCCUUCUGCAUGAACUUUGUGGAAUUUCAAAUUGGACUGUUAAUGAAGGACAAAAGCGACAGACAGGCUGAACUGGGCAGAGAGAUCCACGCCAUGUCAUGCGCAAGCAAACCUCUGGGAUCGUGGACAGCCCAGCGAGGCAUUCAGGAAUGUCGAGAGGCUUGUGGAGGACAUGGUUACCUUGCCAUGAACCGUCUGGGAGAACUGCGCGAUGACAACGACCCAAACUGCACAUAUGAGGGUGAUAACAACGUCCUUCUGCAGCAGACCAGCAACUAUCUGCUCAGCUGGAUGCAACACAAACAGCAAGGUAAAGGAAGGAUUGAAUCCCCUCUUGAGACUGUGAACUUUUUAGAAGACAUGAACAGCAUUCUGCAGCGCAAGUUCACAGUUGGCUCAGUGGAAGAGUGCAUGAACCCAGGCGUGCCCCUGGCAGCGUAUAAGUGGCUGGUGUGUUUCUUGCUGGGUGAGAGCCAGAGGAAGCUGUUUCAUGAGAAAUCCUCUGGACUGGGAGACUUUGAGGCCCGGAACAACAGCCAAGUGUAUUAUUGUCGCUCAUUGGCUAUUGCCUAUAUUGAGCACACAGUGCUGCAGCGUUUCCAUGAUCUGAUUCAGGAUGAACAGACUCCAGCUGCUCUCAGAUCAGUGCUGGGGCGUCUCUGUGCUCUCUAUGGCCUGUGGACCCUCACCAACCACAUGGCCAUCCUGUAUCAAGGAGGUUAUUUUUCUGGCCGACAGCCGGUUGACUUCAUCCACACAGCCAUUCUCACUCUGUGUGGGCAGCUGAAGGAUGAUGCUGUGGCGCUGGUUGAUGUGAUUGCUCCUCCUGACUUCAUCCUGAACUCACCCAUUGGCAAAGCAGAUGGUGAGCUCUACAAAAACCUGUGGUCUACAGUCAUGCAGGGUAAGAACGUCCUGGAACGGCCAUCCUGGUGGGCCGAGUUUUGUUCUGACAAACCUGCGGUUGGAUCUCUCCGAGCCAAACUGUAACUCUUCCCGCUGGAAAACUGCUAGGAAAACAGGAUCAUUGCAAACAUUCAUCUGCUUGUCCUGAAAGCCAAUAAGUUUUAUAAUGAUAUAAUACAGUCAUAUGGUUGUCAUUAAUAAAUUGAGUUUAUCAAUUGAAAGAUAGUUCAGUUUAUGGAAUAUGACAGGGAGGUUAGAAAAGUCCAAGAAGAAUCUCAGCCAUGUUGAUCUUAGUGUAAAAUUAUAAACCGAUUCACUAAAACUUACUAAUAUCAGAAUAAAGGAAGAUUUGUGAUGUGCUGUAAACAAUAACAAUAGCUCUUAUUAUAGCACUUCCUAAUUCAUUGUGCCUUGAUAAACUCAUUUGUUUUGUUUGACUGAUAAAUGUUGCUAUGAUGAAAGCUUGAAUCAUAGAUCAUCAGAUCUAUUGUUUGAAUGCACAAACAACUAAAUCAUAACAAAACCCUUAACAAUAACAGUGUUCAGAUGCUAACUGAUUGUACAAAUAAUGCACAUGUUCAUAACUGCUUUCAUAUAGAUCUACUUGGGAGUGCACGUGUAUGAUUGGUUAUUUUACAUUAUAUUAGUUUGAUUAUGGAAUGUUGAAUGAUUUUGAGCACAAACUCUUGUAUGUAUGUUUAAUACAUGAUAUUUAAUAUGUAAGAAUGUAAUUAAAAUAAAUCUCGACUUUAUAUCAAAAUAAAUCUUUUUAAAUGCUUUU